AUGCAAGUGUUUAUUAUAGACGAAGAUGGGAAAAAAUAUUGUGUCGAGGUUGAGAAGACAACUACUAUCGCUGACAUGAAAACGAAAAUCUAUGAUGCUACGGGUAUGGAAAAUGCAUACCAAUACCUAGAACACCGUGGCAAGAUAGUGCUUGAGGUCCAUGGCGGAACCACCAUGGAUGACUACAAAAUCAAAGCCUGUGACAUUUUCCAUAUGAGCGAUCGUAUGCGUGGUGGGUAA